CAAGACCUGCUUCUGUAUCUUAAGUUAUCUCCCAUGGUUUGAAGUCUUUUAUAAACUGCUCAAUGUUCUGGCAGACUACACAAUGAAGGGCCAGGACAGCCAAAGAUGUGAACUUCUGCAGACACUUUAUAGACUACCGAUUCCUGAGCCAGCCACUUCUGUUCAUCUCAGUGUGCACUCUUACUUUACGGUGCCUGACACCAGAGAACUUCCCAGCAUACCUGAAAGUAGAAAUCUGACCGAGUACUUCGUAGCUGUGGACGUCAACAACAUGUUGCAUUUGUACGCUAGCAUGCUCUACGAGCGCCGCAUCCUCAUUUGCUGCAGUAAACUGAGCACGUUAACUGCCUGUGUCCACGGUUCGGCUGCUUUGCUCUACCCAAUGUUUUGGCAACACGUCUACAUCCCUGUUCUGCCUCCGCACCUCUUAGACUAUUGCAGCGCUCCGAUGCCCUACCUCAUAGGAGUUCAUUUAAGCCUGAUAGAGAAAGUCAGAAAUAUUUCUCUGGAAGAUGUGGUCAUCCUUAAUGUGGACACUAACACACUGGAAACACCUUUUGAUGAUCUGCAGAGCCUUCCAAAUGAUGUGAUCUCUGCGCUGAAGAACAGGUUGAAGAAGGUCUCCAUGACCACAGGAGAUGGUGUUGCACGAGCGUUCUUGAAAGCCCAAGCCGCCUUUUUCGGGAGCUACCGAAAUGCCCUGAAGAUUGAGCCUGAGGAGCCCAUCACGUUCUGCGAAGAAACGUUUGUUUCCCACCGAUCCGCCACCAUGCGACAAUUCUUGCAGAACGCCAUCCAGCUGCAGCUUUUCAAGCAGUUCAUCGAUGGUCGUCUUGAUCUUCUCAACUCUGGAGAAGGGUUCAGUGAUGUUUUUGAAGAAGAGAUCAACCUGGGCGAAUAUGCUGGCAGUGACAAGCUUUACCACCAGUGGCUGUCAACUGUUAGGAAAGGAAGCGGGGCCCUCUUAAACACAGUGAAGACGAAGGCAAACCCUGCCAUGAAGACAGUCUACAAAUUUGCAAAAGAUCAUGCAAAAAUGGGAAUAAAGGAGGUGAAAAAUCGCUUGAAGCAAAAGGACAUCAGUGAAAAUGGCUGCUCCACCAUGCCUGAAGACUCCGUCCCAAGGCCAGCUCCAUCUCCGCUGCCUGAAAAGAGAGACCCCAAACUCCAAGAUGACAAGCGACCGAUCACUGUUCGCUCUGGCCAGCCAAGCGCACGACCGGUGAGACCACCACCUCCCAAGAUCCAUCGCUCCACCAGGCCCGUUCGGCCGCCCAGACCCCAAGUUGUCAGAAGACCCAAAGGCAGCGUGGCUGUGGACGGUCGAAGGACAUCUGUCUCCAGCCCAGAACAGCCGCAGCCGUAUCGAGCUCUGAAGGAAUCUGACAGUGCCGAUGGAGAGGAAGGGCUCAGUCCUGGGAGACUCCAACAUGACAGCCACGCUGACCCACCCACUCCAGAAAGCCCUGCUGAAGUUAGUCUCCUGGAAGACAUUUUUACAGGGCUGGAGGUAGAGUCACAACCACAGCCCCUCAGCCAAGCUAGGAGCUUAGAAGACCUGAGGAUUUCCAAAGAGGAAGGGGACGAGCAGUGUUCCUUUGGUUAUCAGCGGAUGGAUUUUGGUUUUUCCGAAAAGAGCUGGACCACCCCGGGGAUGAAGCUUUCCCACCCCUAUAAGCAGCUCUGGGGUCUAGGCCAUGACGACAUGGCCCUCUCCACGAAGUACUCCCCAAAAUCUCCAGAGAGACCAUUGAGAAAUGUGCCUCCUGUCCCAAGGAGGCCUCAGAGCAGAGACAGCAUCCUGGAUCUCCCCGAGAAGGAAGUUGGGAGCUCUCCUGCUGCCCAAGGGAAUAUUACCAUCCCGCGGCCACAGGGAAGAAAGACGCCAGAGCUGGGCAUAGUCCCGCCACCCCCUGCACCCCGACUUUCCAAGCAGCAGGCCCCGCCAGAAGCUGCCCCUUGUCUUGCAGGGCCCGGCAGCCGGGCCUCCGAGCUCCUGCAGGAGACGUUUGCACCCAGAAACUUCUCUCUGGACCCUGACCUCCGGCAGCUGGCUGGCUUCAUUCCUCACAAAACCCAGCUUUCGUCCAACGCCGUCAGCGAAGCAGAAAUGCUCCAGCCCGUCAAGGUCAAUGCGGACAGCGUGAGCGAAGACAGCGACUCUCUCCUUGCCCUCCUAGAUCCGCUGAAAUCGGGGAACGCUCAGGAGGUUCGCUUUCCACCAAGCUCCGGAGGCCAGCUCGGUUCCUCGUCUCUCAGCCCUGCAAGCAGCUUCCCGUCGGCAGGAGAAGACCUCAUGCCAUCCACAUCGGCGCCGUUUCAUCAGCUCCUGGGAUACCAUCCCUCUGGGACACCGUUUGCACAGCCGUCUCUCAACCCGUUUGUACAGGCAGUGCCAACGCCUCUGCCGCUAUCCCUGGUGAGGCCCGCGGGGGGGCCAUUUGCUCCCUCGCUGGGCCACGCUUAUAGUUCCAGCUACAUCACCUCUAACUCUAGCUUCUUCCAGCCCCAGAGGCCUCCCCCCAACCCUCUGACACUCUCCAUGCCCAACCUCUUUGCCAAGUCUCCAUCAGCCCCACCACCAACUCAGCCUCUUCCCCAGAGCAGUGUUCCUCGGCCAGCACAGCUCUGUGGCCCCUCUAAGAUCCGGACAUUGCCUCUUGCUCAUUCUGUGGUCAAGACAAGGCUGGCUGCGAGGCCCAGCAAUCUCCCGCUAGUUUCCCCCAAGACCAAGGUUGCGGAGUCCGUCUUGUGCCCUUCUAAGACUCAGGUGGCUAAAGACCCCUUUGAAGACUUGUUAAAUAAGACCAAGCAGGAAGUUUCAGUCACGCCCGGUAAAGUUGAACAGCUGAGAAGGCAGUGGGAAACGUUUGAGUGACUCCAGUAGCUCCUUGCGUCCUAGGCUGUGUGUUGAGUCAGUACAAAAAGCAGUAUUCCCCCAAGCAAGAAGGGUCACCCAGCUGACACAGCGACCCAGGGGCCACCUUCUGCCUAUUAGGAGGAGGGCCUGGCUAAACCCUGAAUAGAAGCAAGGUGUCCCCCGCUUCCCCUUUUAGCCAACCACCAUCCCCGGAAAGGUGAUCUCGGCACCUUGCCGUUCUUUCACCUGUCCUCAAGAUAAGUAGAGGAUCGAUGAAGGUUCGGCUGCUCUCCUGGCCUCUUCUUGGCCUCAUUUGCAUCCCCAGAUUCAUGAGCUGGUCAACUCCCAUCCAUCCCCAGGUGAGGAUUUGCCUCCAUACCAGUAUUGACUUUAAGAGUCUACUCUGUCUUUUCCUUAGC